AUGAAUGAAAAAGGCAUUGCCUACACAUACCAUGUUCCGCUCAACGAUCACGAGGAGAUUGUAGAAACUGAAGACAUUGAAUAUGAUGAAGAAAUUGUUGAGGAAGUUGAAGAUGACGAAGAGUACUACAUGGAAGUGCUGCAGCCAGUUCAACCAACAAAAAAUUACAGGAGAGACUCGCUUUUCGACAGGAGGAAUAAGCGGAUGGAAAAAGUAGCUGAGACUGUUUCUGGAGACAAUUUAAAUGUAAUCGAUAUUGGAAAAAAUGUCAUGCUGGGUACAUCUGAUAAAACUUUAAACCAUUUAACACUGGAGAAGGCAUUGAAAAAUGGGACUUCUGAGAGCCCGUUCUUGGGAAGUAUUUCAAUGGAAAACUUGGUUUAUGGCUUGAUGGAACGGGGAGCUGAAGAUGGAAGAUUUGCAAUGCUAGGAACGUCUGUUAUGGUUCGUGAUUUUCUUUUUUAUAUGAAAAAUAAUACUUUUCAGUGGAAUGCGUUGAAAUCGAACAUUCGAGACUUGCGGAAAUCCAUCACAGAGCAUACUUCUGCAACCUAUCCCGAGCCUCGAUUCGAUUCAAUAGAUGUGCACAUGGCAAAUCUUCCAGAUUAUGGAAAGCCAUAUAAUAUUGAAGCUGUCGGCGUGUUUUCGAACGCUGAUUUGUCGUACGUCUUUCGCCAGUUGCGAUUCCGAAGUACUGCCAAACUACUGAACAAAACUAAACAGUUUCUGAAGGGCUACUUUAUCUUGGCUUGUCGUCCUCGCUGUAUGAUUUGGAGAUAUACUUUGCGAAGAUCAGGAAACAGUCAUAAGAGAGCAAUUUUGAAUCUUCCGCAGAGUAUUGUAGAUGGUGUUAUUGAUUUUCUCCUGGAUCUCACUGGAAUUGGAGACGCAACGUGUUCAUACGAGGAACUGAAUCCCGAUACUCCGUUCUACCAAUCUCUUGGCGAAGAUGAAACGAUUCGAGAGCAACGCUACUACGAAGCGUGUAAGCUGAAAGAUUCGCUGACCGCGUUUUUCCGAGAAAGAAUCACAGAUUGUUUAAACGAAAUCCGAGAAAUGCCAUUCUGUCUGAAUACCGGUACGAUGAUAAGCGCACUUCGUGGUAGACCACAGAAAAAUUCAACUGUGAUGUGGAAGGAUUACGAAGCCUAUCUGAAAACGGAGCAUAAUUUGCCAACAGAGGAAAAUAUGAAAAAGAGGAUCGCUUUCGAGUAG